AUAUUAAACCAAAGUAUCAACCAAUUAUAGAUAUUUUAAAUACAGUUGGGGAAUUUGAACUAAUAUGUAUUGAUGAAUAUUUACCUGUUGACUUUUUAAAAAGACCUGUCUUUUUAAAAGAAAUGAGUUUAUCUUCACCAACAACUUUAUAUAUAUACUAUUAUGGAAAUUAUCUUGAUAAUUUACAUUGGAUUUGGAAAAAAAAUGAAAAAAUUAACGAUAAUACUAAAACAUUAGAAACUCAAGCUAUUUUGUAUAAUGAAAUUCCAAAAUAUA